UCAAAAUGGAAUCGGUAAGGCAGUUGUGCUUGAAUUUAAUAAAAUAAGAAAAAAUUAAACAUUUUCAUUUGACUCACCUAUUUUAUUACCGUUUCUAAUUUAUAAUAUAUGUGAUAUUUGCGUCAUUUAUUUUCAAACCCAUUUAUUUUAUUUUAUACCAUACAAAUUAUUCUUACUUCACUGUUGACUGUUGACAAAUUAUAAGCAUACUGUGAGUGUACAUAUAGCUAGUAUACUUACAUACAUACAUAUGUGUAUAUAAAUGUCAAUGCAAAUAGCUGUAUAAACAAAAGUACAUAACUACCCAAUAAAUAAUGGAAUAUCGAAACAAUGAUCCUGGAGCUGUACAAUAUGGAAACUUUAUAAACUACUAUGAUUUCAACAACGCGGGACAACGAUUAAACUUAUUACCACGCGAUGUGUGGAUUGGGACUGAUAAUCGCCAACCUGGUGAGCCCUACUUGGUUCUCGACAUUGGUUGCAAUGCUGGAAACCUGACUCAGCUGUUGUAUACAUUUUUAAAUGAAUGCGUUGGUACAACACAUGAGCGUAAUAUACAAAUACUAGGUGUUGACAUAGAUUCAGAUUUAGUGAAGCGAGCUAAAACUGGAAAUGCGUUUCCGUCAAAUGUGAGUUAUGAACAUCUGGAUGUUAUGGAUUCAAAUGAGUCUAGUAAAAUUAACGAAUAUUUACAUAAAUGGAAUCGUAAAACCUUUGAUGUGGUUUGUAGUUUUUCGGUAACUAUGUGGAUUCAUUUGAACCAUGGCGAUGACGGUUUACAGCUGUUUCUAGAGAAACUUUGCGAUCUGGCUGAAUUGCUUGUUGUUGAACCACAACCAUGGAAAUGUUAUCGAACUGCGUUACGACGAAUGAAAAAAGCUGGUGAUGAAUUUCCCCUUUAUAAAGCUCUGCAGUGGUGCACGAAUGUAGAAGAAUGCAUACAAGUUUUCUUAGAAAGUAGUUUGGGAAGAAAAAAAGUGUUUGAAUGUUUACCCACUCGAUGGCAGAGACGUAUUUGCUUUUAUCGGUGACCCGGUUGGUCCAAAUUGAUUUGAAACAUUUUUGAAAUGUAUAAUUUAUAUAGAUUUAUAUAGAUUUCAUAAAAAUAAAUAAGAAUUACAUUGACAUUCAUAGGGUUAAAAA